AAGAGAACACAAGGAAGCAGAGAGACAAGUUAGUAGAUGAUGAUGAUGGCUAUGACGAGUAUGGAUACUUGUUUCCUCACCUCCCCCAAAUCUUUCACCACCACCAACACUCUAGAAGUACUUGUCCCUUCAAUCAAACCCAGAGUCACCAUCUUCUCGAACAACACCAGGUGGAAGAGAUCCUCUUUGUCAUGUUGUCAUCUUGGAUCGCCGUUGCCGGAAGAUAAUAAUAAGCCGUCAAUUGAAGCUGAUUGGAGAUCAUUCCGGGCAAGACUAGUUGCCGGAGAACUCGCAUCUAGACCGGAAAAUUCUUCCAACAGUGUCGACCCAGAUACAGUAAACGAACAGGAUCUCGCUCCACUUGAUACCAUUGGAGACAAGUGGGCUCACCCCCUACUUGAGCCAGAGAGAGGUUGUUUGCUAAUAGCGACAGACAAGUUGGAUGGGGUCCACAUCUUUGAUCGUACGGUUAUCCUCUUGCUAUCAAUGGGUCCGGUGGGUCCUACUGGAGUUAUUCUGAAUCGACCGUCCUUGAUGUCCAUCCAGGAAACAACAAGAUCGACGGCUCUCGACAUGGCGAGCACAUUCUCUGAUAUGCCAUUGUUCUUUGGAGGACCUGUGGAGGAAGGAUUGUUCUUGGUGAGGCCAGAGGAUAAUAAGAAGGAGAAGGGAGUUGAAGAUGGAGUUGGGAAGAGUGGGGUGUUUGAGGAAGUGAUGAAGGGGUUGUAUUAUGGAACUAAGGAAAGUGUAGGGUGUGCAGCAGAGAUGGUGAAGAGGAAUGUAGUUAAGGCAGGGGAGUUUAGAUUCUUUGAUGGGUGUUGUGGUUGGGAGAAGGAUCAGUUGAAGGAGGAGAUUAGAGCUGGUUAUUGGACAGUGGCAGCUUGUAGCCCAACUGUAAUUGGGCUUACUGCUGUUGGGUCUGUUGGGCUUUGGGAAGAGAUUUUAGGGUUAAUGGGCCAAAGAAAAGUUUGGUGACUUUUUAUAAUGUUGAUCUUAUUAGGACUUAGGACACUUGAGCUUUGGGCUUUUUUUUA